UCUUAUCAUUAACAUGUCGAUUUUCGAGAGCUUUGUAUUACACAGAGAGACAACGGUUCAUUAAGUUAGUUACUAAGUAUUAGUAUUAGGGAGACUGUGCUUGUUGCUUGUGCUGGUCUGGCUGCAGUGUUUGUUUUAAACCGAGCCAAAAUUAGUUUUACAAGAACUUCCGUUUCUGGCAUAAAUGUGGCGACAAUGAAGGUUCCGUUUCAUUUUCUAGGGGUGCUUUUACUCAGUACACUGUGUUUUGCUGAUUAUAAUCCUCUGGAAAACCCUAAUAUAUGCGGACUGCCGACAUGUACAGUUGACGAAAACGCAAAAUUCAAAUACGCAGACGAAAAAAUCUACAAAUACACCGUAGAAGUAAAAACACUUUUUAAUGGAACUAGCAAGAACGAAUCCAGUCUCUUUAUCGAGGGAAAAGCUACUUUGGGCUUCUUAACAUCAUGCGAUGGAAUGUUAACUUUAUCAGAUAUCAAACUUAGUGAGAAUGUACCCCAAGAUGGAGAAGACGCUAUCGAACAUGGCAAUAGCCAUCAGUUCUCUGAUAUACUAUCAGCAUACAGUUUAAGGUUUUCAUUCAAAGAUGGCAUUAUUGACGAAGUCUGUCCCAGAGACGAAGAAACAGAGUGGUCUCUAAACUUCAAGAAAGGAAUUUUAACCAUGUUGCAAAAUUCGAUGAAAAGACUAGAUCUUGACUAUUCUCUAGAUGAAACAGACGUUAGAGGAAAAUGCCCGACGGUGUACAAGGUUUUCGGAGUCAAGGAAACUACACUAAUGAUUGAGAAAAGUAAAGAUCUGGAACGAUGCGAUGCUAGGUCAAAGCUGCACUCUUCAAUUCAGUCGCAAGCUGUACCCAUCUUUCAAGCGAAUAUCCAUAAGGACAACAUACUCAAGUCAACAAGUACCUGUCUUAUGUCUAUUGACCACAAUAUCUACAAAGAAAUUUCAUGUCAAGAGAGUUACUUGCUUCAACCCUUCUCCAAUCACGACCAAGGCGCUGUUACAACUGUUUCCCAAAAGCUUGUUCUUAUAAACGAAAACUCAGUACCAGCAGUGGACGAAAAUGAAAUAACAAGAAGAGUCCCAUUAACUUUUGACAACGUUAUCUCUACAAAGCCUACGACUAAUGAUGUAGAACAAGCAACGCAGGCACUAAAAUCGCUCUGUCAGUUGGAUGCAUUGGCAGACAGGAAGGAGCUCGCUAAUUUGUUCAGCAAAUUUAUUUAUAGUCUAAGGUUACUCUCUCAUGAUGGUCUGGAGGAACUACAAAAUGAGGCGGGCAACAUUUGUUCCACAGGAAAGCAAUUCCUGUUCCAUGCUCUACCUUUUGUCAACACACUUGGCUCCGUAACAUUGAUGAAGACUAUUAUAACUGAAAAAUUAGCAUCAGAAACAACGAUUAACGAAUUUAUAACAUCAAUAGGCGUUAUCCCAAAUCCUACCAGCGAAAUGAUGGAAAUAGCUCAAAGUCUUUUAGAGGAAUCUGAAACUUUUUCUGCAAAUAAAGCUUUAAGUGUAUCUACCCUGGCACAUACAUAUUGCAGUAAUACCAAAGAAUGCAGCAGUGAUUAUUCUAUAUAUUCCAUUAACGAAUAUUUUCAAAAUCAUUUUAAUGAAUUGAUCAAAAACUCUCCCUUUAACAGGGAAACACAUGACGAGAUUAUGGUCACGCUAAAGGCAUUGUCUAACAUUGGCGUGAUGUCGGAAGACUUCAACCAAGAACUUUUCAAAGUUAUAGAAAAUCCUGAGAUCGACGUGGCUAUACGAGUUGCAGCCGUAGAAACUUUUAGGAGAACUCGGUGUGAAGAGACAAGAAGUUACUUUGAACAUAUAUUUAGAAGGCAGGAAGUUAAUUCUGAAGUUAGGAUUGCAUCUUAUUUACAAAUUAUGAGAUGUCCAAAUUAUUUGAUGGUUAAAACUAUUAAACAUGCGCUAAUGAACGAAGAAGUUAAUCAAGUUGGAUCUUUUGUAUGGACACAUCUCAACAAUCUGAUGACAUCGGCAAAACCAAGUAAGGUUGAAGUUCAGAGUCUUCUGUCAGAUAAAGAUUUAGCAAAAAAAUUUGACAGCGACAUAAGAAAAUUCUCAAGAAAUUUUGAAGGUUCUAUGUAUUUUGAAGAGUAUAGUGUUGGUGGAAACUACGAGAGCAAUGUUAUAUUUUCCACAGAAUCGUAUGUACCCAAAUCUGCUAUGCUGAAUCUGACUGUUGAUUUGUUUGGGGAGUCCUUUAAUGUACUAGAGAUAUAUAGUCGGGUUGAUGGAUUUGAACAUUACUUGGAAUCGUUUUUCGGACCCAAAGGACCCUCACAGGGUUUAAAGGAUAAUAUUAUGGAUACACUUAGAUUUAAAAGAGAUGCAAAGAAUAACACAGACAUAAAGGCACAAGCAGACCAACUUCCUAACGUUGUUGACAACUUUGCUAAGGAACCCAAGAUCGCCCUUGGGUGGAAAAUAUUUGGAAAUGAAGCGAAAUACCUGACUUUCAAUGGAAAAAAAGAAAUACAAGAUGCGAUCGACAACAUAGAUCCUCUCAAUCAUCUAAAAACUCUAUUAUCUGGAAAAGAAAUCAAUUACAACAAAGCGUCCAUGUUUUUGGAUGGAAAGUACGUUGUUCCUACUGGUGCCGGUCUACCGCUUUCUCUUACAGCCACAGGAACAGCAUCGAUUAACAUUAAAUUAUUUGGGUCACUUGCAUCAACAGGAUACUCCAAAGACAAGGAAUUUGAACUUAACCUCACAGCUGAUAUUCAACCUACCAUGUCUGUGGAUCUGACAGGAGAAAUGUCAGUUGACGCCUUUUUCGCCAGCACUGGAAUUAAACUUAAGACAAACUUAUACAGUGACAGCGCUGUUAAAGGAGAAAUUAAAAUUAAGGGGGCGAAACUUGUUAGUGUGAAGUUUAGUUUGCCUAGAGAGAAGAAUGAAAUAUUUGUAGCUAGUUCCGAAUUGUUGGUGAAGCAAAAUGAAAACGAACAGCCCCAGAAAAAUUUAUCAUCAAAACGAAUAUCAAACAAUUUAUGUUCUUGGCCUGUGAUUGACCAGGCGAUAGGCCUGAAAUUGUGCACCAGCUAUGAUUUUGUGAACUUGACCAAAUUAUCCAACAUACCUUAUUUACUGACAGCUGGACCAGCUAAUUUCAGAAUAUCUCUACACAAAGCUGAUCCCACUGCUACUGUGUAUUUGUUUGAGUACAAAUGGAAACAAUCACCACAUUCCAGUGUCAUAUCAGUAACAUUUGAUACGCCAGGAUCAAGAGUGAAGAGACUACUAUCCACCAAUAUAACCCUUGAUAAGCAGACUCAAAAUAUCACUAUGCUCAUUGAAUCCGCUGCAGGUACAGUUGUGGCCUAUGGACGAUAUAAAAAUACCAAUGAUGAAAAGUCUAUACAUCUCGAGCUGGAUAUUAACAAUAUGAAGCAUUUUGAGGCUAAAAUAGCUCUAGUAAGGUCUCCUCUAAGGCUUGGAUCUUCCUACAGACCAGACGUCUAUUUAGCACUUAACGGGGAACGAGUUUUUAGUUUUUCAGGGUAUGUGGAUACUAUGAGCAAAAAAGGAAGAUCCCAGUAUACGGUCAAGUUAAAAUUCGAAACCAAACGAUUCCGAUCUGUGCUUUAUGGGUAUGUCUUAAAAGGUGACACGUCUAUUCAAGGAAGCUUAACCAAUGACUAUCAAUUUGCUCAUACAAAGAAACAUAGGGUAUCAUUUAAUUUCGGUUUGGGGGAUAAGUCCCACAAGAAAAAUAUAGAAAUAUAUUCAGCAUUUUUGGGUAUACUUUCUAGCGCCUAUCCAAAUAUGAACUUGGAUGCUAACGCUACAUUCCACCGAAGCGACUCCCACAAAGAUCUAGUAUUCAAACUUUAUCAAAGUCCGUUACCUAAAAGUCACCCUGAUGCUGAAGACAAAAUGUUCAAAUUUGAAACAGUGGCAUCCCAUUCAUUCCUGGUCGAUGGCAGAAGAAAAUUAAGAGUCGACACUUCAAUCAUCCGAAAAUCCAGUAAUUUAGGCUUGAGAGGAGAAUUUACCUAUGAAACCUACCGGUCCGAUGUUAGUUCUGCUCUGGUGAUUCAGUAUGGAAAAAAUAAAGAAGUCUCGAUCACCACGUUCUGGUCGCAUCCACGCUCUAAUCUCGAACAGAUAAAGACUCAUAUAAAUGUCACCAUUCCGUCUUUUACUCCUAUGAUUUUAAGGCUCGAAGUAUUAGAAAAACAACCCAAGGAUUUCAUGAUCGACUUUAAGGGUACAUGGUUCAGCGGUCAUAGCCUCAACGCUGCAGCCUCAUAUCAGGACAAGAGUGGACCUCUAUCCUCCGAUCAUCAUGUAAAGCUUCUCCUGAUGUCCCCCUCUUUUAAAGAUAUCACUGCCGACAUGCAAUUUUAUCGUGACAAUGACUUAUUGAAGUUCGAGCUCAAGGGAGACAUAGACAGGAAGGAUACAUACGACUAUGAAAUAUUUCUUAAGCAUCAAAAGGUUUCUACAAAUUACACAACAUCUGAAGUUUAUCUUAAAUAUGGCAGAAAAUCAUACAGCUACUCUGGAACUGUUUAUGAUGGCGACUACAAGAAAAUUAAUGCCAAUAUUCACAUUGAUCAAUUACGAGAUAUUGUAUUUUCGGUAUACGUGAAUAAUAAACCUUAUGACAAAACCUUAGAGUUUGAAAUGAAUUGGGAUUCUAAUAGAGAUGCCAGUCAGAAGAUUAUGAUAACUGCCAACUACAAGAAAAAUGCUGCUUUCGACUAUACUGCGAACUUUAUUAUUACUUACCCAGGUCGAGGUAUUAGAGGCGAUUAUAAAUUUCUAAUAGAUGGCAAACACUUAAAUACAUUAAUAAGCUUCUCCUGGGAUGUCGAGAAAAUAUUUGCUAUUAAUUUGGAUGUCUUGUACGAAUAUAACAGUAAGCUCUACCUAGAAAUCGCUUCAGAGUUAAAGACUCCAUUUGAUAAUUGGAAAGUAACACAACUAAAAGGAAGGUUUGAACAUUUGAACAAUCUAUAUGAUUUACAUGGAGUUGUGUCCUGGGAAAGAAGACAAAGAGUAGACCUUAGUAUUUUCGGAGACUAUACAUCCCUAGACAAAUACUUUACCUGUACCUACAGUGUUGCCGUGGCCAGUUCAAUUGAUAGGGUUCCCAAUAUCAAUACAACGAUUAGUCAUAUGCAGAAUGGAACACAUUUUAAUACAGAUUUGAAUCUUAUGUAUAAUCCUGACUUUGUGAUCGGCUUCGACAGCAAAUGGAAAAUAGAAAAAGACAACGCAUACACAAAUCUAACAGGAACAGUUAUUACUAAAACACCAUUCAAAGCUUUUAAAAAUGGUUUCCUCGUGAGCAAAUUUAUGAUAAAAGACCAAAAGUCUAUUCGAGGAGGUGCAGAAUUAAUUCUUGAUCAUAACCACAUUGAUUUUAAUGUCGAUGGAAAAUUUGAAAGAAUCACCAAUUGCUUUUUGAUAGUUAAUGCUACUUCUGCCAGAGAUGACUACCAGCUACGACUAAUCAGUUCCUUAGCCAAGAGGCAUUUUGUAGCAAUGGUUACAUACCCCAGCGGUGGUUUGGGUGCAGAGGUUCUAGUUUCUAUCAAUAGUAUUGUCGAUUUUGAUAUGAAGUUGCAUCUGGCAACACCGAUAGAAUUUUUGCAGGAUGCAGUAUUGGUGACCAAACUUCAACCUGAAGGGGCAGAUUUUCGAGUGGGAUGGAACUUUCUAUUGCUGGGAUUCUCUGGAGUCUGGCAUUAUGCUAAUGUUACAGACUUCGACUACUCCUACAAGAUUUACACUCCAAUCGAAGGUUUUGAAGAAAACGGUAUCGUCGGCAAACUCAUACUCAAAGAAGGCUUAGACUUUGAAAUUUCCAUUAAGUUUUCUUACUAUAAGAUCGGUGUGAAGCUGCUGGGUCAAUCGAAACCCAAACCUCUUAAGGAAUUAGGUAUUAAGUUGAAAAAUGUCUACACGCGAUCGAAACAAGCACAAACAGAAGAAAAAGAUUACGAUGAUCCACUCAGUUGGGAGGGUUUAAUAGAAGUGGAUGUCAUAAUUUACCCCACAAUGAAAGGUGAACUGGAAAUUGACCAAAAAGGAACGACCUAUAUUAUAAAAUCUCAGCUAAAAACACCGCAAGGAUUUAUUGAUAUUUUCGACGAGUUUGAUUUUGUUGAUAUUCUGGCAAUCAAAAAUGAUUUGGAAGUCAAAACACCUUUUCCAACUUUGAAAACAAUCACUUCCGCCUUUGAGUUGGAUGUACAAACUGGACAUAAAUAUUUCUUUACUUUUUCUUUGGAUUAUCAAAACAAAACUCAGUCAGUAGAGACUGGAGUGUACGCGAAAUAUAUAGUGGAAACAAGGGACGUGGUCCCAGGAAUAGGCGCCCAAGAAAGGACAUAUAACGUAACUCUAAAAGUUAAUACCCCAUUUAAAGCUUUGCCAAAGUUGAAUUUGUUUGGUGCUUUGGAGACUGAGCAGAAUUUUUAUCACGCAAAGCUAUUAUUCAACACAAAUAGGAGUGAUAUAUCAGUGGACGCUACUACUGAGAUUGACAACGGUCGGUUGGAGUUUACGUCUCUCUUCCAUGUCACAACUCCAUCCAUUAACAUUCCGUCUUGUGAAUUAAGACUGACAAAAUUAUUCUCAGAAGCAAAUAAUUACGUUGAUGUUAAUGUAAAGAUGCCGCAGAAACUGACAAGUGAUAUAUACUCUCGAGUAUCUUGGAUGAUACGAUCUGGGAACGAGUUUGGUGCGAUGGUCCAAUUGGAAACUCCAUUCUCUGGUCUGGAAAAUACAAGGGCAGGCUUAGACGUAUUCGUUUCGGAUCUGAGAUCGACGGUUCAAUUCAUGACCCAGAUUAACCCCUUAGAAGUUGAGGUAAACGCGACAUUGAAUAACAAUGUACUUCUGGCUUAUUCCCAGCUUGGCUUCAAUGGUGAUAAAAUUCCAAUAACCGUCAACUGCUCUAUUCUGAAACCGUCGAGAGACAGAAGAGAUUUUAAAGGCACUCUCAAGUUAAGGGAGAAACUGUUCAAAAUAACAGGAAAUGCCGAUUUAAUGGGCCCGUUACCUUCAGCCGUUUCCGUGAAAUUUACUCCUGAGGACAAUAGCCCUUCCGUAACUUUUGAAUACCGAAUUAACUCAACAACACUCAAUAGAUAUGAACUAUUAGGAAGUAUACAACAUUCGCAUAGAUUUACCAGGUUUAAUGCCAAUUUAACAACUACGGAUGACAAACACCACUAUCAAAUCGAUUUAAAGAUGGAUACAUCCAACAACGACACCUUUAUUGUCCAUGGUACUACAACUUUCGGUGACAAAAAAUCUGUCCUGAACAUCGAAGCUGAAACGCCUAUAAUGAAAAUGGAACGACCCAAAUUUGGCGGUACUUAUUCAUAUGACGGACUACAGCGAGAUAUUGACGGAUUCUUCGAAUUAACCGAUGCCAAAGGAAACGUUAAAGCCAACUUGAUUUGGCUUUACAUGGAAAAUAUGCUAGUGCGAGUAAUUGGCUCUUUCGAAAAUAAGCAAUACUCAAGCCAAUCAUCGAUAGAAGGCUUUUAUGAAAAUCCAGAAAAAUCAUUCCAACUUCUAAAGGGAGGAGGUGAUAUCAAAUUCGAUAGAAUAUGGGAAUCUGGGUACAAUAUUACGCUAAAUCUUCCACAAAGUAAUUAUAAAGGCAUGGAAACCCAUUUGAAGCUACCUAACGAACAUAAGGAAACUUACAGUCUGUGGUCUAAUGUGGAUUAUAAAACAGGAUUUAGAUACAUAGAUUAUUUUAUUAAAUACAGAACCAAGUAUUCACAACGGAAGUAUGGAUCAUCAGGACAGAUUUCCACUGAAGACAAACAGAACUUAUCAGGAAACAUCGAAGUGGAAUGGAAUGGAGAACGCAUCAAUAACUUCGCGAAUCUGAGGAGAUCCGAAAAAACAUUAGACUUAAUUUACAAAUUAAAAACUCCCAAAUUUAUUGACAGGCAACUGCUGGUAACGGAAAUUAAGUAUAAAUCUUUAGGCGAUCACCAUAACUUAACAUUUGAAGCAUCCUCGCCGGAAGAUCAAUCUGUUGCAUAUGGCACAGUGGAUUAUAAGGAAUUGGCCAAUAUGAACGGAAUACUGAAACUGACUAUGCCCCGUAAGCCCUUCAACAACAGUGGAGCGUCCUUCAGCACAAAAACCAAUGCCAACACGUACAAUCGAUACAUCAAGGUAUUUUGGGAUGAUGAUAAUGCACUUUUAGACAGCAAAUGUGACAUUCAAACAGGCCCCACUUUACUGGAUCGACACACGAAGGGUAAAUUAAUUAUUGAAUUACCCCUGUCUACAAGACAUAUUGCGUUGGUUGACUUUGAUUAUUCUGAAAGAACAAAAGCCAGUGUAGGUGCGGCAACGGUCAAAUAUAAUGGAGACAAAGUCCUGGAGGGAAAAUAUAACCGCUUGUCGGAGUCCCAGGCGGGUAAGGAUAAGGACACGGUCCAUGUGGAACUCCAGAAUGAUCUGAUGCCUGUUGGUGCGGAUUAUAUCUACAAACACAAUUACGGAAUGCCAGAUGAAUCGGCCAGGGAAAAUCGUGCAAUUCAUCUUUACAAUUUGGCAAAUCGAAGGAAAUUUAAUGUAAGCGGGGAAUUGGAUGUACUAACAAAGUGGAACGGUCAAGAAUACUUUCUAACUGCCGUCCACUCAAAAAGAAUUGUUAAGCUCUGGACGGACUACGAGGCCCAGGAUAAAGGGUACAAGCAGCAUUCACGACUGGAAUUGAGUCCCACACACUGGAUCGAAUACAACCUCAAUGUUUUGAACAAGAGUCUGGAUGAAACGUUUGACGCUCAGAAAGUUGUCAUUAACGUGAUCUACCCCCGGCGCAGCUUCACGGCUCAGGGUUUCUACAAUAUAAGUGAUUCAAUUGUAUCAACUGACGUGUCUCUGGUGUAUGACAAGGACAAUAAAACAGUUCAAGCGGGACUGGAUUGGCGACGUGCCUCGCUUCAUCGCGAACAAUUAUUACUUCAAAUUAAGCAUCCUUCUUUUGAAAGGGACAUCACAAUGAGUAGCGAAUAUGGAUACGAUAACUCGUCAAUCGAUGGGCAAUUGUCGGUGGUGUAUUCAUUAAAUCCAGAUCAAAAGCUGACUCUAUGCGGAAAAGUAAACGAUAAUUCUAACUCAGUGACCUAUAACUACACGUACAAUGUUUGGGCGGAACACAUUGCGACGAAUUUAAAUUUAAAUUCCACGGGCGAUUUUUACUGGAAUCCCAAUGCUUUGGGCACCGAACAUAUAACGAAUUACCAGCGAUCAUAUUUACCUUCAUCUGUAUCGGAAACACUGGCCAAAAUUAACCUGCUAAAUAACGAAAUUGAAUUGAAGAGGGAUAACAUUGCAAGCGGAAAAUCCUAUUUCUGGGCAAGGUACAAUGGAGAAUAUCCUGUUUAUACUGCAAACAUGUCAGCCAUCUACGAUACUAAUGACACCAAAGGGGAGUUUUACAUUAAUUUCAAGAAGAAGUUGCUUUACCUAAACCUCAACAUGACAGAAGACGGAACCCAGAGUUUACACAGUUAUGGCGUUAUUCCAGACGCCAGAAGUGCACUUUUUGAUAUUUGGCGCGAUUAUGACGAUAGGAGAAUUUCCGAUGUAGCGUAUUACCUACGUCUUAAUCAUUCCAGACUGAUAACGUCGAGUUUGAAAUGGAGACCAGAGCUAAUCUCGGAUGUGACGAGUGGAAUAAGGGGAAGUCUCAGACGAUUCUACCAGGAUACACUAGAAUCAAUAAAUAAUACCAAACAGUACAUCAAAGCUGAAACUAUCGAUGCUCUUAUUGGUAUCUGGACCGACUCUAAACCAUUCCUGCAAGAUUUUCAUAGAGAUCUCCACAACUUGACUAUCAUAGAAGACGAUAUUGAAGAACUGAAAGCUUUCCUAAAUAAUUCAUACUAUGCUAACGACUUUUAUGUCAAAGACCUUAUCGGUGUUGUCAUCACAGUUUUUGACGACUUAGCUAUUAAAUCCAAAUUGCAGUCGUUACCAAAAAUUGUUCAAGAAAUUUGGACGGUAAUGGGGGACUCUGGACAUAAAAUUAAAAAGAGCGUUAUUUGGGUCUAUGAGAAAAUUAAAACCUAUUUUAAAAACGCAACAGACUUUAUUCAUGGACUACUUAAUGGAGAUCCCGUUGAAAGCCUUACCAUAGGUCUAGAUAAAAUAGUUGAGAAAUACGAUGCUUUUAUUAAGAGUCUUCAUGUUACUAUAAUACAAUAUAUGGAAAACUUGUGGUCUCAAAUGUAUACUCUGGUUGUGGAAUAUUGGCAUAAAACAUUGGCAAGUAUAGAACCAGCGUUCUUGAAAUUCAUCCAUUAUCUAGAAUCUAUCGCUUGGAGUACAGGAAGUGAAUUUUUAGAUUUCCUAUAUAUGAGAAAAAAUGAGAUCAUAGAAUCUCCGUAUUUCCUACGAUUCACCAAAUUCUCUCAAGACAUCGAUAAGUUCUAUAAAGAUAUAACUGGUCCCAACACGUUUGCCAGUAUAUACAAAUAUGCCCAAGUAGGUUGGAACUUCUUAAAGGAGAAAUACUUAACAGUAAUUCCAUUUGGAAAGGAGACGAUGGAUGUUAUAAAUGAAAUCUUGGAAGAGUUACAACAAAUAGCUGAAAUACCGUCUGUUAAAUUCCUUAUUGCGAAAGGUUGGGAAGCCUACGAUUAUUUUAAAUAUUAUUACGAAUAUUUUGAUAUGGAGACGAAACUGCAUGGUCUUAUUCGUACUGUUUAUUUCAAGAUUUCCGAUUUAUCCACAACAGCUUUGGAAAUGGAAAAUAGACAACGAGUACCAAAGACUAAAUUUAUUUUCGAACCAAAUGAUGGAAUUAUGCUACUGCAACAGAAGUUACCGAUGUCGUGGCACUCAUUUAAUGAAACACCCAAAUUCAAGGAAAUUCCAGAAAUAAAAAGGUUUUUCGAUCUUCAGAGCUACUUAGAAGAAACUGAACUUUCAUUUUGGAGUUUGUACUACGAUUAUAAACCAUACAUUGACCCUAACGAUUGGCUGCCACCAUUUAAGGGACAUGCGAUGAUUGUAGGAUCAAAGUACUAUGUAACGUUUGACAAAAAGUACUACGAGUUCCGUGGAAAAUGUACCUAUUUGCUAGCAUCCGAUUUCGUCGAUAAGAACUUUACAGUUCUUGUAUCUUAUGAUAACGUAGGAAAAAGUAAUGAGUUGAUUUUACUAGUAGGAAAAGAAGUGGUUAGAAUCAAUAUGUCGACCCAAAAAGUUCUUGUUGGAGAAUCUAAAAUGGAGCGUCUACCGAUGCAAAUUGGAGAAACAUAUCUUUACAAAGACUCAGGAAUAUUCAAAGCAGAAAGUCAGUUAGGAUUUAUUUUGGAGUGUAAUAUGAAGUUCCAUACCUGCAUGUUUGAAAUGUCGGGUUGGUAUUUUGGAAAAACCGCCGGUCUUUGGGGAACUUACAACAACGAGCCCACCGACGACUUCUUAACCUCAAACAAAACUCGAGUCACUAAUUCAGCUUUAAAGAUUUUCGGGGAUAGUUGGUCCCUAGACAAAAAUUGCAGGAACGACAUUCCAACAGCGCAAAGGGGGAGUAGAAAACAGCCGUCUCAGGAAAUAUUGGCUCUUUGUGAGGAAUUUUUCACGAGUAAAGUAUCUCAACUUAGCACAUGUUUUUCGCGAAUACCAAAGGACAGUUUCCUCUAUAUGUGCCUGAAUAGUACAACGGAACAAGAGGCUUGCAUGUCAGCCGUAUCUUACAUUAACCUAUGUUCAUAUGCAAAUACACCGUUGAGGAUACCAGACACGUGUGUAAAGUGUAAUUUACUAAAUGGCACGCAGAUACAAGAAGGUGACUUAAUUCGAUUACAGGGAAGCGAUGUUCCACGAAGUGCAGAUAUCGUUUUUAUAGUCGAAGCGAAAAUGUGUAAUAAGGAUUUGAAAAAGUCAAGAAAUUUCGACUUGCUUGUUGAACAAAUUGAGAAGGAGUUGGAUGAUUUGAAGAUUAGAAAUAACAGUUAUGCCGUUGUCACUUUUGGUGGAGAUGGAGUAUUCGAGGAACCAAGAAGUAUCGUUGUCGAUGGAAAAACAUUUACUGAUGCUAAAUCUAUAUUAACUUAUUUCGAUCAAAUUCAAAUAGGGCAAGGGAAUACUGAUAUAUUCAACGGCAUUAUGUUUGCAAAUAAUCUUAUAUUCCGGCCCGGAGUUUCAAGAAAUUUUGUGUUGGUGCCUUGUUCUGAAUGUAACAAGAACAACAUGCUACAUGACUACUCAACACUUCAUCAGUUCCUAUCAGAAAGUUCCAUCUCCCUGCACAUCCUAAUGAACAGUCAUUUUGCGAUGCAAAAGGAAAGAGAAAUCAAAAUUCCAUUUGGUAUAGACAGAAGAUUCGCGUAUACCAAACGAGACGUGAAAAACCUUGUCGGGGAUCAGACACUCAGAAAAUCAAUCAUGCCUCCUAAAUCUACUUUGGGUCUUUGUAUGUCUCUUUCUCUGGAAACAAAUGGUACAAUAUACAGUGCUAAAUUCCUCGAAACAGAGAAGAAAAAUGCCAAGAAGUUUGCUACUGUGUUAGCAAAGUCCUUAGCGAGGAGAGCUAUGCCUACACACUGCGUCGACUGCGAGUGUACUGCUCCUAAUACAGGAGUUUCCUACAUGGAAUGUUCUCUUUGUACGAUGGCUAAUUCAACGAGGUUCAACUUUGAGACGCCAGGGUCAGAAGACGAAGACAUAAAUAUAUUCGACGGGUUUAGUUGGUAGAUCAAUUUUUGUUAUAUAAAUUUUUAAUGUAAGUUUUUGAUGUUUUUACACAAACCUAAUUAAAUGAUAAGAUCAGUAAUUUUAAGUAAACGGGGUUUUUAAAUAAAUAAA